AUGCAACUGACCAACCUCUUCCUGGUGGCCACCGGCCUGUUGCUCGCAACCGGCUCAUCAGCCGCGAGCGUCAAGAAAUGUCGCGACGAGACCUUCCAGAAUCCCGUCUUGUACGAAGACUACCCCGACAAUGACAUCUCCGUCGGCCCCGACGGCGCAUUUUACUACUCGGCCUCCAACUUCCACUACAGUCCCGGCGCGCCCAUCCUCAAGUCUCUGGACCUUGUCAACUGGGAACCCGUAGGCCACUCCAUCCCCCGCAUGAACUUUGGCGACGGCUACGAUCUUCCCCCGGGCGGUCCUCGCGCGUACCGCGCAGGAACGUGGGCAUCGACGCUGCGGUACAGGAAGAGCAACGGGCAGUGGUACUGGAUCGGAUGUACCAAUUUCUGGGUUACCUGGGUCUUCACGGCCUCGUCGGUUGAAGGGCCGUGGUACGGCAGGGGGAGUUACGGGUGGGAUGGUCUCUGCAUGUACGACAACGGGUUGCUGAUUGACGACGACGACACCAUGUACGUCGUGUACGGCAACGGACAAGUCAAGGUCUCGCAGCUCAGCGCCGACGGUCUCAGCGUCGUGAGGUCCCAGCAGGUCCUCCAGGCGUCGGACGUCAACACGGAUACGGUGGAGGGAAACAGAAUGUACAAGAUCAACGGCACCUACUACAUCCUCAACGACCAGCCGGGAUCCACGACGUACAUUUGGAAAUCGAGCAGCCCCUGGGGUCCCUACGAGGCCAAGAUCCUCGUGCAAAACGUCGCGCCUCCUCUGGCGGGCGGCAACUCUCCCCACCAGGGCAGUCUGAUCCAGACGAAGAACGGAGAUUGGUACUUCAUGUCCUUCACCUGGGCCUACCCCGCCGGUCGCAUGCCGGUGCUGGCUCCCAUUGUUUGGGGAGCAGACGGGUUUCCUUCUCUUGUCAAAGGGUCGAAUGGCGGAUGGGGUUCGUCGUAUCCCUUGCCGCUCCCUGCUCAGCCGCUAUACAACUGGACGCGGACCUACAAGUUCGAGACGGAGCUGGGCCCGACCUGGGAAUGGAACCAUAACCCCGACGUCGCGUCGUACCAGGUAAACAACGGCGUGACGCUGAAGACGGCGAGUGUCACCCAAGACUUGUACUCUGCGCGCAACACGCUUACCCACCGCAUCCACGGAGAGUUCCCCAAGGGCACAGUCAAAAUCGACUUCAGCAAAAUCGCAGAUGGCGACCGAUUCGGACUCGCCGCGUUCCGGGACCAGAGCGCGUACAUCGGUAUUCACCGCGAGGGGAACCAGUACACUCUCAAGGCGAUCCACGGCCUCAUCAUCGACGAGUGGUCCGGAAACCCAGUUGCGAAUGGCACGGAAGUAGCUUCGGCUCCUGUGCCGAAUGGUGCGACAAAGGUGUGGUUCCGCGCGGAGCUCGAUGCCCGGCCGACGGGCACUCGUGAUGCCAACUUCUUUUACAGUUUCGAUGGUGUUCAGUUCACGAAGCUUGGCGGCACUUACCAGUUGUACUCUGGCUGGGCAUUCUUCAUUGCUUACCGCUUUGGUAUCUUCAACUUUGCCACGAAGGCAUUGGGAGGGUCUAUUCACGUGGAAUCAUUCACUUCAGCUUGA